UUAUUCAAUGAAAAGUUCGUAAGACUGUUCUCGAUCAAUGUCAUCGAUUGGAUAGUAUUACUGUAAUUUGGACGGCGAGGUGUGUCUUCCGCCAUUAAACCAGGCUCAAAGCACGUAGACGAUUUUUUGCGAUUGAAGUUUGCAAAUGGUGUCUCUGCGCCCCAAAACUCGACCAUUUUCGAGACUUUUGCUUUCAUACUAUGUCGGCAUUGCAUUACUGAGGCAUUGCUUGAGAGACUCGGCGACUUCUCGUUAUCACAGAGAUCUAACGUCCUCCUAGAAUGUGAUAAGUGA